AAUUUGACACGUCAAUCGGCUAAACAUCACUUGUUUUAUUUUUUGUUCCGUUGGUAAUUCUUUGUGAAAAUUUCAAUUUUAAGUGAAAUAUUCCAUAAACAAUUUUAUAAAUUUCACUUAAAAACUAUCCACAAUAUCAUCCUCUUACGGAAUAACAAAAACAAGUCUACAAAAUGGCACUCGCCGAAGGACCAUGCUACACAAUUAUCAACUCCGCCGAUUCGGAGCCCAUCAAUGAAAUGCAAUUGAAGCAAGAUUUAGAAAAGGGCGAUGUUAAUCUGAAAAUUGAAACUUUGAAAAAAGUCAUACAAUUGUUAUUGAAUGGCGAGAGACUUUCGGGUCUAUUAAUGACAAUAAUUCGAUUUGUUUUGCCGCUGCAAAAUCACACAAUCAAAAAACUAUUGUUGAUUUUCUGGGAGAUUGUUCCGAAAACAUCGUCGGAUGGGAAACUCCUUCAGGAAAUGAUUCUUGUCUGUGAUGCAUACAGGAAGGAUCUUCAACAUCCUAAUGAAUUUCUUCGUGGAUCAACUUUGCGUUUCUUGUGUAAACUCAAAGAACCCGAACUUCUGGAACCUCUUAUGCCUGCAAUUCGGGCUUGUCUCGAUCACCGUCACUCCUAUGUGCGACGUAAUGCUGUUUUGGCAAUUUUCACAAUCUACAAAAACUUCGACUGGUUAGUGCCCGAUGGCCCCGAAUUGGUUGCAAAUUUUCUCGACACCCAACAAGACAUGCCAUGCAAACGUAAUGCAUUCCUCAUGCUAUUGCACGCAGACCAGGAACGCGCCUUGAACUAUUUGGCAUCCUGCAUCGACCAGGUUAACAAUUUCGGAGACAUUUUGCAGUUGGUCAUUGUUGAAUUGAUCUACAAAGUUUGCCAUGCCAAUCCAGCCGAACGGUCACGAUUCAUUCGAUGCAUUUACAAUAUGUUGAAUUCGUCGUCAAACGCUGUGCGUUAUGAAGCUGCUGGAACUCUCAUCACUCUAUCGUCAGCCCCGACAGCGAUAAAAGCAGCCGCUGGCUGCUACAUCGAACUGAUCGUAAAGGAAAGUGACAACAAUGUAAAGCUCAUAGUUUUGGAUCGAUUGAUUGCGAUGAAGGAACACGAGAAUAUGGAAAAAGUCAUGCAAGAACUGGUCAUGGAUAUUUUAAGAGUCCUAGCUGCUCCCGACAUUGAAGUCCGUCGAAAGACUCUUGGUUUGGCAAUGGAUUUGGUCUCAUCGAGAAAUAUUGCCGAAAUGGUUUUGGUGUUGAAAAAAGAAGUCUCAAAGACCCACAACAUCGAACAUGAAGAUACUGGCAAAUAUAGACAACUAUUAGUUCGAACUCUGCAUAGUUGUUCGAUCAAAUUCCCAGAUGUCGCUGCGAAUGUUAUUCCAGUACUCGUGGAGUUCUUAUCCGAUACAAACGAAUUAGCUGCUGCCGAUGUACUCAUAUUUAUUCGUGAAGCGAUCCAGAAAUUCCCGUCGUUGAGGAAUUUGAUAAUUGAAAAGCUCAUUGAAGCAUUCCCCCAGAUUAAGUCUUCGAAAAUCCAUCGGGCAGCUGUGUGGAUUCUUGGAGAGUAUGUUGAUUCAAAAGAUCAAAUUAAGGAAGUCAUAGAAGUUAUCACACAAACACUGGGUGAUAUUCCAAUGGUUGAAGCUGAACAGAAACGCCUUGCCGGUGAUCAGCCCGAGGAGGAAAAAUCCGCAGAUGUCCAGAAAGAAGCUCCCAACAAUAAAGUUACUUCCGAUGGCACCUAUGCCACUCAAAGUGCCUUCAGUUUGGCUCCAAUUGUAAAGAAAGAAAAACGUCCACCACUACGGCAAUACUUAAUGGAAGGAGAUUUCUUCAUCGGAGGAUCGUUGUCAGCUACAUUGACAAAGUUAGCCUUACGCUUCAUUGAACUCGAUGGAAAUAAGAUCGAACAGAAUCGUCUCUGCGCUCAAGUUAUGCUUAUCAUGAGCUCAAUUCUACAUUUGGGCAAGUCUGGUUUCCCAACAAAAGCCAUUACAAACGAUGACAUGGACAGAAUCUUCAUUUGCUUAAAAACCCUCAGCGAACGUACCCCCGAAACGGUAGAGGUUUUCAAACACUAUUGUCGUGAUGCACUUGGAAAAAUGUUGGAUGCCCAGCAUGAGGAAGAACAACGGAUUAUUAAAGAAAAACAAAAGGUAACAGCCAAGGUACAACCCGACGAUCCGGUUGUAUUUGCUCAGCUAUCGAAUGGCCGCGAUAAUCAAUUAGGUGAAAAUGUUUUCGAAUCCAGCUUGAAUCAGGCCUUAGCUGGAACAAAAUCAACUAAUCUAAGCGACAUUACAUCACCAAACAACAAGUUGAAUAAGGUUACCCAGUUAACUGGUUUCUCAGAUCCAGUUUAUGCUGAGGCAUAUGUCAAUGUCAAUCAGUAUGAUAUUGUUUUGGAUGUCCUCAUUGUAAAUCAAACAAAUGAUACCCUACAAAAUUGCACUCUUGAGUUGGCUACGCUGGGCGACUUGAAGCUUGUGGAACGUCCCCAUCCAGUUGUUCUGGCACCACAUGACUUCUGCAACAUUAAAGCCAACGUUAAAGUCUCAUCAACAGAAAAUGGAAUUAUUUUUGGCAACAUUGUUUACGAUACAUCAAUUAAUACAAAUGUUGUCGUUCUCAAUACGAUUCACAUUGAUAUUAUGGAUUACAUCAUUCCAGCCUCGUGCACAGAUACCGAAUUCCGCCAGAUGUGGCAAGAUUUUGAAUGGGAAAAUAAGGUUACCGUAAAUACAACUUUCACGGAUCUUCAUGAGUAUUUAAAACAUCUUCUCAAGAGUACCAACAUGAAAUGUUUAACUCCCGAAAAAGCUCUAUCUGGCCAAUGUGGAUUUAUGGCAGCAAAUAUGUAUGCAAGGUCCAUUUUUGGUGAAAGUGCUCUUGCCAAUUUAAGCAUUGAAAAACCAAUUGACGCUGCAGAUUCCAAAGUUACAGGACACAUUCGUAUUCGAGCUAAGAGUCAAGGUAUGGCUUUAAGUUUAGGCGAUAAAAUUAGUUCUUCACAAAAACAAUCAGUGCAAGCUGCAUAAAUCAUAAUAAAUACUUCUUUUUUUUAAAUAAACCUAUAUAUAUAUAAUUUAAAGUUUAUGUUGUUCAGUUAAUCAAUAAACACACAUUAAAACAAAUACAAAA